GACCAUGCUGUUGGCUCCUGUCUGUGUGCUGCUGCUGCUGGGGGGCCGUGUCCUUGGAGGAGGCUACCCCCCCAUGCCCCAGAUGAAGUACAUGCAGCCCAUGAUGAAGGGCCCUGUGGGACCUCCCUUCCGAGAGGGCAAGGGACAGUACCUCGACAUGCCACCCAUGAUGGACGUAAAGGGCGAGCCAGGGCCCCAAGGAAAACCUGGACCUAGAGGCCCAACUGGGCCCUCAGGACUUCCGGGAAAACCAGGACUGGGGAAACCAGGUCUCAAUGGCCAGCCUGGCCUUCAGGGGCCUCCAGGCUUUCCGGGCAUUGGGAAGCCAGGACUUCCGGGUCUCCCAGGAAAGGGGGGAAUUAAGGGGAUGCCUGGGAAUAAUGGCGAGGUUGGACUCCGGGGUGAACCAGGUCCCAGAGGACUUCCAGGUCAACCAGGUCUCCCUGGGCCAGCUGGCCUGUCUCUUAAUGGCAAACCUGGCCUUCCCGGUGGGAGGGGCCAACCUGGGUCUCGUGGAGAACCAGGACAGAAAGGUGGGCCUGGAAAUCCUGGGGAGCGUGGACUCAAGGGAGAGAAUGGCAAUGGGAAUCCUGGAUUGCCAGGAACCAGGGGCCCCAAUGGGCUCAGGGGCCCCCCAGGGCCAGCUGGUAAUCAGGGCAUGGGAAAACCAGGACUUGACGGGCUUCCUGGUCCUUCUGGGCCUAAAGGGGACCAGGGGCUCCCAGGAGGAAUAGGAGAGCCAGGGAAGGCUGGCGGUCCAGGGCUGCAAGGCCAACCAGGAUCCGUCGGAUUGGGCAAGCCUGGUAAUGAUGGAUUGCCUGGAGGGCCCGGUCCACUUGGGCCUAAAGGUGAGCCAGGACAGAGGGGUUCUUCAGGGUUUCCUGGAGGUCCUGGCUACGGCAAACCUGGUCUACCAGGGACAAAGGGAGACAAGGGCCUUUUCGGGGGACCAGGCGUCCCUGGAAAUAAGGGAGAGCCUGGGAUGGCGGGACAGCCAGGAGACAUGGGCCCAGAUGGACAGCCAGGACCACCAGGAAUACAGGGCCCCAUGGGGCUUUCAGGAAAACACGGCAUGCCCGGCCUGAAGGGAGAGUUGGGUCCACAGGGGCAUCCAGGUCUGCCAGGGAUCAGAGGGGACCAGGGUCCCGGUGGUAUGUCUGGAAAACCAGGCAUUUCUGGAGACAAAGGGCUCCCGGGCCCUAACGGGGCUAUCGGAAAACCUGGGCCCAAAGGCGAGGCAGGGCACAUAGGCCUGCCAGGAAACCCAGGUCUUUUAGGCAAUCCUGGACCAAAAGGGGAGCUUGGGUUUGUUGGGUCUCCAGGACCAAGAGGCCAGUCUGGAAUCCCCGGUCUGCAGGGGCCUUCAGGGCCAAUGGGGCCACAGGGUAUCCCAGGUCUGAAGGGCGAACCUGGGCUGCCGGGUUUUCCUGGUCUGGGCAAGCUCGGAGAAAAAGGAGUUCCAGGUCCCCAAGGUCCCCCAGGAAAGCCAGGCAACUCUGGACUCAACGGCAACCCCGGCCCUCCAGGGCCACCCGGGCCCCCUGGCCCUGCAGGAAACGGACAAACCGGGGUGGCUGGGCUAACGGAUUCAGGGCUGGGUGGGGACGAGGUACCAGACGGGAGGAACGGAAAACCACAGUUUGGCCGUGCAGAUCUCUCCGCCACCAUGUCACCCGCGUUUACCGCCAUCCUCACCACAGCCUUCCCUCCCUCUGGGAUGCCCAUCAAGUUCGACAGGACCCUUUACAACGGACAGAAUGCCUACAACCCUGCCACCGGUAUCUUCACCAGCCCCAUGUCUGGCGUCUACUACUUUGCCUACCACGUGCACGUAAAGGGAUUCAGUCUGUGGGUGGCGCUGUACAAGAACUAUGUUCCAGCCACAUACACCUACGACGAGUACAAGAAGGGCUACAUGGACCAGGCGUCCGGUAGUGCCGUCCUUGAGUUGAAGGAGAAUGACCAGGUGUGGAUGCAGAUGCCCUCGGAUCAGGCUAACGGGCUCUACUCCACCGAAUACAUCCACUCGUCCUUCUCAGGGUUCCUGCUCUGUCCCACAUAAUGGCCUGCUAGUCAACGAUCACCUAGGGUGCCUUCUGAUGUCCCUAUAUCAUAACACCGGCAGCCAUUACAGAAUAACACCACCUGUAUAAUGUUAUCAUCAACAACAUAAAC